AAACCUGUUCCGAUAGAUCCAGCAAGCAAACUGAAGAGGAAUAUGAUGAAAAACAAUGAUCCAGCAAAGUAUGCUAAGAGAGGCCAGUGGGCCAACAAGAGGGAGUUCAUUUUGGCAAUAGUCGGAGAAAUCAUUGGUCUGGGCAAUGUCUGGAGAUUUCCAUAUCUGUGCUUCAAAAAUGGAGGAGGUGUUUUCUUGGUUCCCUAUGUUUUGGUCCUGUUCACCUGUGGAAUCCCCAUCUUCUUUCUGGAGGUGUCUCUGGGCCAGUUAACUGCUCAGGGUGGAAUUACAUGUUGGAGGAAAAUAUGUCCUUUGUUUGAAGGCUUAGGCUACGGCAGUCAGUUGCUUCUGCUAUACAAUGGGAUGUAUUAUAUUGUCGUCUUGGCUUGGGCCUCCCGCUACCUCUUCUCCACCUUCCACACUAUACUCCCUUGGGCCAGCUGUAAUAACACCUGGAACACAAAGGACUGUGUCGAUUAUAAACUGGAUCAUUCAUCUAAUGGCAGCGUUUCUCAGAACACAACGUCUUCAGUUGAAGAAUUUUGGCAGAGGAGAGUUCUAGGUUUGUCUGGAGGAAUUGAAGAAGUAGGUAGUAUCCGCUGGGACCUGGCAGGAUGUCUUCUGCUGUGGUGGAUAGUGUGUUACUUCUGCAUCUGGAAAGGAGUCAAGUCUUCAGGAAAGGUCGUCUACUUCACAGCCACAUUCCCUUAUGUGAUGAUUUUUGUUUUUCUAAUCCGUGGUGUGACACUGCCAGGAGCCAGAGACGGUAUUAGAUUUUACCUCUAUCCUGACCCAGCACGCAUGGCUGAUCCUCAGGUGUGGAUGGAUGCUGGGAGCCAGAUAUUAUUCUCCUAUGCUGUCUGCUUAGGCUGUUUGCCAGCCUUAGGAAGCUACAACAAAUACAACAACAACUGCUACAAAGAUGCAUUUGCCCUGUGCCUGUUGAACAGUGCGACCAGCUUUGUCUCAGGCUUUGCAGUCUUCUCUGUCCUUGGCUUUAUGUCUCACGAGUUGGGUGUCAACAUCUCAACAGUAGCUGAAUCAGGUCCCGGCCUGGUAUUUAUUGCCUAUCCUCGGGCAGUAGCCAUGAUGCCUUUACCACAACUUUGGGCUGUGUUAUUCUUCAUUAUGAUAAUCUUCCUUGGACUGGACAGUGAGUUUGUGUGUCUGGAAGGCCUGGUCACAUCCAUAUCAGACAUGUAUCCAUCCUUCUUUUUCACGGGUCAUCGACGUAAACUACUCUUGCUGUUCAUCUGUGUUGUAUGCUUUCUGAUUGGUCUCUGUAUGGUCACUGAGGGAGGACUUUAUGUGUUUCAGCUUUUUGACUACUACGCCUGCAGUGGAAUCUCAUACAUAAUUUUUGGCAUUUUGGAGUGCAUUUGUGUAGGAUGGGUAUAUGGUGCUGAUCGUUACUACAAUAAUAUUACCGACAUGAUUAACUACCGCCCCUCGCCGUAUAUGAAAUACUGCUGGAGGUUCAUCACUCCAUGUGUGGCUACAGGCAUAUUACUCUUCUCUCUGGUCAAAUUCACCCAUCUGAGAUACAAUAACACCUAUCAGUACCCCUGGUGGAGCCAUGUCCUCGGGCUGAUUCUUUCUUUCUCUUCAGUCCUCAUGGCACCGCUGUGGGUUCUCUACAGUCUGGCUGUAACUCCAGGAACACUGAGACAGAGACUGAACGUGAUAACGACUCCAGCACAGGAACCGUUCAGAGCACCACUGAAAACUCUCAGGUCUGAAACCUGUCCUUCCAACGAAGAACACGAACUGUGUUCUUUGAACUAGUGCUGGGCAAUAUGACCAAAAAUGUGUAUCAAAGUAU